GAUGAGGCCGCUGAUGAGCAGACGGACAAGGCCCGCAAGAAGGAGCAGCAGAAGGAGACGCAGCAGAUCGUGCGGAACGCGCAGUCCAGCAUCGCCCUCUACAGCCAGGCGUGCACGCAGGUCAACACGAUGAUCGAGGUGGUGCAGAAGGGCGAGGACAAGAAGUGGGCGUGGGCGAAGGAUGACGAGUUCUUCCAGAAGAUGAAGGAGCAGCUGGCGGUGGUGGAGAACCUGGCCGGCCCGAUGACGUUCCUCAAGACCUGCGUGAUGUACGACCUCGCGCAGGUGAAGGGCAUGUACGACGAGUCCACCUACGUGAGCUGCCUCGGCAAGAUCCCCGAGAAGGUGAACAAGCCCGUGGCCAAGCUGAAGGCGCUGCAGCUUCGGGUCCAGCAGCUCUACGACCUCAAGAAUGCCAAGGUGGAGCUCUCGGAGUCGGACUAG